UCUCUAGAGAUUGCUCUCAUGACGUGCUGAUUACGCGCGAGUCUCUUCACGAUCUAGCAAUUUACGAUUUGCCCAAUUACAUGCGCAUUACAACAACAAUGACGCGCUGGUUUUGGUGUUUGCUGUGCGUGAUUUUACAUCUUCGGGGCGUCCAUUCUAAAGUCGGUUUAUGCGAGGUGGAAGCAGGACAAUCGAAUAUCAUCCUCGAUAUAGAAGAAAGCAGAGGAAAUGCGAUCGAUCAGAAAACCGUGCCGGAAGAGCUUCCGGUGUCCGGCGAUCCCUAUAACGAGACUAUGCUGGAGCUUAUCUUCCCUGGAAGGAAAAUUCCUCUUUUCAAGCUGAACGGCAAGAAACUGCAACUUCUCGAGCCGUUGGACAGAGACGACGAAAAUCUCUCGCACGUGGUCUUUCAGUUGAGUUGCACGGUGAAGUUGACCAACAAGAAGCGGACAAUUCCGGUGAUUGUGAGAGUGUCCGACAUUAACGACAAUGCACCGAAAUUCAUUAACACGCCGUACGAGACUACUGUGCCGGAGCUCACUCCGGUCGGCUCGACGAUCUUCAAGAACAUCGACGCGAUGGACGCCGACGCCGGUGUCAAUGGCAUUGUCGAGUACUCGAUCGCACCUGGUGACGGCAGUAGAAUCGGCAGCAACGAGGGUGUCGGCCGCAACCGGAUCACCACUGUCGACGGAUACGGCUACUUCAGCAUCAACCUGCCGCACCAAGGACAGGUCACGGUUAAUCGAACGCUCGACUACGAAAGGACUCAGCGUUAUCUCGUCACCAUCUUGGCAUCGGAUCGAGCGAGAAACGUCUCCGAGAGAUUCACAUCCACGACCACGCUGACGGUGAACAUACGGGAUGACGACGAUCAGGAUCCGUCCUUUAUUUAUCAAGGCUGUAUGCUUUCGGACGGCGCCUGCAUCAAUCCAGAAUACUCGGCAUCGGUAUCGAGCGGAGUACUAUCCGGCAUACUCAAUAUCUCGCCCGAGAAAAUACAGGCGGUCGACAUGGACAGUAUAAACGCACCGAUUCACUAUUCCUUCCUCAGCGGAAAUCCGCCGAAUUACCGGGAUUUCUUCGAGAUCAAUCCUAACACCGGGGCGGUGAAGCAAAUUAAAGCCGUCGACACGACAGUAACGAAGAAGUUCGAUAUUAUUAUUAAGGCGGUUGAAGUGUCCGAAGCGAAGCGGUCGGCUACUGCCAAAUUAACAAUCACCGUCAAGCCGGUCGACAGCAAUCCACCCGUUAUAAUAGCGUCAAACAUCGAAGGUUUCGUCGACGAGAACGCUCCGAUCGGCACAAAGGUCAUCGAUAAAAGCGGGAAUCCCAUUGUGCUCACCGUGUCGGAUGCUGAUCUGGGACCAGACGAUCCGAAACCGACAUAUACUUUCGAGCUGACGACGAAUUUCUUUGCGAUCGAUCCGUCCGGCGUCCUUGUCGUGAACGAGGAGAAUUUGGACCGGGAUCCUCCGAGUCCCGGCCGCUUCCGAUUUCAAGUAGUCGCCCGGGAGAAAACGGGUGUGGCCGCGUCGUCGCCUCUGUCAUUUGUCGUGACGUUGAACGAUGUCAACGACAAUGCGCCUCUGCUUCCAAUGAUGGCACCGAUCACCGUUCAAGCGGGAGAGACGAAGAGACAAAUAGCAAAGGUGGAGGCGACGGACAAUGACGAGGGCGAGAACGCCGAGAUAACGUACAGUAUCUAUCACGUGUCGAACAACGGCUUGCAAAAGUUCAAGAUAGAUCCGAAGACUGGAGUUAUCGAAUCCGUGAGGAAACUGAACGCCGGCGAACAGUUCAGCAUCACGGUGCAGGCCACCGACAAGGGUGGCAAGUACUCGCAGACAAUCGUCGAGGUGAACGUCAUUCCCGGGCCCAACACCAGAAGUCCCGUGUUCCAGCAACCGGUGUACGAGGUGCAAGUCAGCGAGGGGGCCUCCAUCAAUUCCACAGUUGCGACUAUCACUGCCAUCGACCCAGAAAACGAUCCGGUGUCGUACUCGAUAGUAUCGGGGAAUGACUUGCGUCAGUUUUCGAUUGGCGACAAAUCAGGCGUUAUUACCGUUAUAAGGAAGUUGGAUAGGGAGGACCUGACCCGGUAUCAAUUGUUAAUAAAGGCCGAGGAUACCGGCGGCCUGUACAGCACUGCGACGGUCAAUAUCAUGGUCACCGAUAUCAAUGACAAGAACCCCGAAUUCGUGGGUCUUCCUUACGAAUUUACCGUUAAGGAGGGCGAAGCGCGUAAACUAAUCGGCCGCGUGCAUGCUGAAGACGCCGAUGAAGGUAUAAACGCCGAGAUCACUUAUUUCGCACCCGAUGAUAUUCCUUUCACCGUGGAUCCUGAGACCGGAGAUGUUCUGACAAAAAUAGUGUUGGACUACGAGCAGAAUGACGAAUACAAAUUCGUAGUAACUGCAAGGGAUGGAGCUCCCGAUUAUCGUUUGGCAACCGCGACAGUCACAGUUAAAGUCAUAGACGUCGAGGACGAGGUCCCAGUCUUUCACCAAAGCAGUUACGAGGCACGUGUCAAGGAAAACGUGCCUGACUACAAUGUAAUUCAAGUCACGGCCGAUGAUCCGGACACAAAGAAGCAAAUUACGUACAUGAUCAAGCAAGGGGAUACCGAACUCUUCAGCAUAGACCCGAAGACUGGAGUAAUAAAAACUAUCCGUGGUCUCGAUUACGAAAGCCAGAGCCAGCAUGUGCUUAUCGUGGGCACCGAGGAGAACACCAGCGAUUUACCUGGCUCCACCACUCGCGUUGUUAUUAAUGUUCAGGAUGUGAACGACAUUCCACCGGUAUUUACGUCGGUACCGCGUCCGAUUACCCUGGACGACGAUGUCCCUAUAGGAACGACCGUAAUCGAUCUCGUUGCUGCAGAUUCCGACGGCACCGCGCCGGGAAAUCAGGUUCGAUACGAGAUCAUCGGCCGCGGUAUCGCCAGCAAGUACUUCGUAAUCGAUCCCGACAACGGCGUACUCCGAAUACGAGACGACUUACGCAAGGAGACCGACUCCGAGUAUCAGGUCGAUGUGCGUGCAUACGAUAUGGGAGAGCCGCAAUUGUCGUCCGUGACGACUGUGCCGGUCUACGUACGUCACGUGGCAACGGUACCGCCGGAGAUCGGUUUGGGUUUCGCGGAGAACUCGUACAACGUGGAGGUGCCUGAGGACGCGGGUGACAACACGCUAAUAAAGAUAAUCACCAUUAUCAACAGUCACGCACACGACAUCACGCCGCUCAGGUGUGAGAUUUACAGCGGCAAUGAGGAGGGCCUGUUCGAAGCAAACGUCACGGAAGAGCGAAAUUGCGCCCUGAGACUGAAGAAAGGAGCGCUGGAUUAUGAGACCACGGAAUCUUAUCAGAUUAAGAUCAAGCUGGAAUCGCUCUCGGGUCUUUUAAAUUCAGGCAGAAAUACGACGAUGGUGAAGAUUCAGGUGCUGGACGUAAAUGACAAUAAACCCGAGUUUAUCUUCCCGGAAACGAGUCAGAAGCUUACGCGGGGACGUUACUUUGCGGCAAUUCCGCGCACUGCGCAAUUCGCGUCUACCGUCCUACAGGUGAAAGCUCACGAUAAAGACAAUGGCAAAUACGGCAAGCUGGAGUACAAGAUUCUUGAAGGGCGAGGCUCCGGUUACUUCGCCAUCGACGGCUCCAACGGGAUAAUUAGGACAACGGCGACGUUUGAUCACGUGGAUGCAUCUGAGCUUCCUUUCAAGUUUGACGUUCGCGUGCGCGACAACCCCAAUUCGACCGACAACUAUAAUUCGAUUGUCGCGCCGGUGAUCAUCAAUCUUAUCGGGGAAGAGAACCUAAUGAUCCUGGUGGUGCAGGACGCGGCACCGGACGUCCUACAAAAGGAGGCUGGCAAAAUAGCGGAUGUAAUCGAACAGAAGAGCGAUCUGCUAAUUGGCAUCGAUAAAGUCGCGGUAAGGAAGAUUCUCACGAAGAACGGCACCAUCGAGAUGUUCCCGCAGGACUCCGACGUGUGGUUCUACGCGGUUGACCCGGACACCGAAGCUAUUUUGAAUAGAAACAGCACUAAAGUACAAAGGUCCAUCAUGGAUAAAUCGGCCAUGUCAAACAUUACCUUUGACGUAUCCACGUUAGUGCGGGCAAAUGCCAUCGACAUUCAUGCACCCGUGAUGCCGUCUGAGCCAGUGCGAACUCAAACGGCAGUUGCAUUCAGUGGCGAAGUAUUCCCGUACGCGCUGAUCAUCAUCGCCUGCGUGAUCCUGAUCCUCGGCAUUGCCGGUAUCAUAUACAUAUGUGUUUCCUGGUCCAAGUAUAAAGCAUACAAGGAACGUAUGCAGCGCAUGUACGUGGUGCCGCGGUACGAUCCCGUCUACGUAGAACCUAAUUUAAAGGAAUACGAGACGCAGGUGCUCCAGAUGAGCGUGCCGGUCGACGACAAUGACAGCUGCAACGAUUUACAAUUGGACUUCAGCAACAAGAAUCACGCGUUUAGCUUGGACAACGUCAGUUACAUCACCAAAGAUCACGGAGACAGUACUGGUCAACAAAGUCCCGUUAGCUCCGAAGCGGCGACCACGGCGCGAGCGUCCAGCAUCGUCGGUAAUCACGGCGACACCAACAUCCAUUCCCUGCGACGGUCCACGCUGGGUCGAAAGAAUCAUAGCGCGAGCAAUACAAACACCCUGAACAAUCGCGACGCGACACCGGUACUUAAUCCCCUGUACAAUCAUGGCGAUGAUCUGCUGAGCCCUAGUCCGUCCAACGACAAUGUCACCUUCAGGGAGAGGAAGGAUUACUCGCAUCUCGGGUUCACGUAUCUGGGCGAGCAAAGCCCCGUGGAGACCACGACGGAAUUGUAAGUUUCAUGAUCCGAGGGACGACGUGCGAAUGUCCGGUCACUUUAAAGACUGUCACCGAAUUAUACAUAUCCGUGAAAAAUGAAGGUUGAGAUCCUAUAAAUCCUAUAAAUGAUAACUUACAGCAUCCCGUAACUUUUAUUUUGAUAUCGUAUACACGAAUAACUGUGAUGGACAUUAUUUCACAUCAAAGUUCAAUCGAUAUAGUAAUUUAAAUGUUGAAAAAUUUCAAGUCCCAUACGUAAAAAUACUGUCGACGAAUAUUGUCUCGCAUUCGCGACAUAUAUACGUAAAAUCAAUGUUCACCUGCCCUUCGUCCGCGACAAGCGGUUAAUCGUUUUGCAUUUAAUUUUGACAAAUGCGUGAAACGUGACGGCGAAUGGAUUCGAGAUAUUCGACGCCACGUAGCUCGCAUUUUUCUCCGAUGUGUUAAGCAACCCUAAAGCGCCAUACGAGGAGCAUAUGAAAGCUUAUAAAUAUAGUUGAAUGACUUCGUACCUAUAUGCUCUUCCUUUCAUAUGUCAUCUUCUGAAUGUGCACCGAUGCCGAUGCCUGCGUGCUGAUUCAGCACGCGCAACGUAGCCGCAGAAUUCCCGGCGGGGACACAUUCUAAACGAGUUGCUCCGCAUGUGAUAUUCAUAAAAGAGCGGUGUCGCAGCGUUCAGACACAACGGCGGAACGAGGCCGUGAAAAUAUUGCGCGUAAAAGGAGACUGAAAAAAAAAAAGAGCGCGGAUAUCCUUUUAGAGCUAGCCGAUAUUCCGUGUGAUUUACUUUCAAUCGAACAUCGCAUUUUCGCGUUGAAGCCGAUAGAGCAUCGCCGACAAAUUGCAAGAUUACGAAUAAUCGCAACACGCCUCGAGAGUUAAACUACUGAUUACUGUGACUGCAUAGAGAUACGAAAACAUUGCCGUGCAAUAAUCUCGAGUCUUGAUUAAUAACUUCGGAGAUGUUUUUCGUAUUUCGCGGAGACUCUCGUCCGUGAUGCGUUAAUAUACAUUUUAAUUAUAGAGAGAGAGAGAAAGAGAGAGAAGGAUGAAGCAAAAAUACCACUGCGGCUCGAAUCGUAGACUUAAGAUUUGAAGACGAAGCUGUAUUAUUUGUUACAUUGUACGAACGGCGUGUAUUUGUGAAUGUAUGUCUCUACGCGAGUCUCGGCUCGCGCGACCUUGUAAAUGAUCGAUCCCGAUCGCGUUGUGUACUAUAAUAUUUUCUUUAUUUAUACAAUCGCAAGUUUGCUCAUGUCAUUACAAUUGUAAUCACAAUUACUCGAUACGAUGACGAUGGUGCAUACUGUUUGUACGUGAUCGUAGGGAUAUCGUGAAGUUUUAUGGCAGCCAGCUGCGCUUCCACCGCGACUCGCUCGCCUUUUUGUUCACACGACCGCGCCGGCGGUAAUUAAACGACUGCCAUGCGGAGAACGCGUCAUCGACACCCGUUACGAUAUAAGUGGCGGAGUGCGUACUUAAUUAGGCACGUGUAAUUGUCCAUUUCCUCUACGUAAUUUCGACCACGCUGUUCGACUUUGUGGAUCGAGAGGUCGACAGAUCCGCGGGAAGACGUUGAGGGGAGUUAAGUAUGAUACGACUUGAUUGAAUGUAUAUCUCUAGUCGUAUAAUAGCGGGCGUCCACUGCCGUGCAAUUUGUAAGCUGCGUUUCAUACUGACAAUGAGAGAGAGCGAGAGAGAGAG